ACUUGAACAUGGUGAAUCGUCGACGCUUUAUUCGAGUUGCAGUGAGCGACGAUGAAGAUGAAGCAUCACGUCCACGACGAACGCGGAAAAGAUUGAGGCUUUUUGAGGAAGAGGAAGACGACGAUAAUGAUAACAAGAACGAAGAACAACCACUGCAGAAAAAAGAAGAAGUUCCAGAAUCGCCUCAGCCUGUGGAGGAUGCUACUCCUAUCGGUAAACCAAUUAGGUUUUCGGGAAAAGGAAAAGGCAAGAGAAGUCACUACGAGUCCUUCAUGUUCAAUGGCGUCGAAUAUACUCUUGAGGAUUCUGUUCUUUUCUUUCCCGAGGAAAAAGGCCAAAAGCCAUAUGCUGCAAUUAUUAAGGACAUUAAACAAGGAAGUAAUGGUAAUGUGAUAGUGACGGGACAAUGGUUUUAUCGUCCUGAAGAAGCUGAGAAAAAAGGUGGCGGGAACUGGAAAUUACAUGAUACAAGGGAGUUAUUUUACAGUUUCCAUCGUGAUGAUGUUCCUGCUGAGGCUAUCAUGCACAAGUGUGUGGUGCAUUUUGCUCCCAUACAUAAACAACUUCCAAAACGUAAGGAUCACCCUGGAUUUAUUGUACAAAAGGUAUAUGACAAUGUGGGAAAAAAACUUUGGAGAUUGGAUGAUAAAGUUUAUGGGGAUACUAAGCAGCGAGAGAUUGAUGUGCUUAUUCAUAAGACUCUACAACUUAUUGGUGAACUACCUCGUAUUGAGUUCGUGGAAACCACUGAUGAUGCGCAUGACCAAAUGAAAAGUGAAAAAGUUUGA